AUGAUAUACAACUACAAAGGCGACGACUACCUCUUGCAUCUCGUUGACACUCCUGGUCAUGUCGACUUUCGAGCCGAAGUAACGCGAUCGUACGCCAGUUGCGGUGGUGCUCUACUGCUAGUCGAUGCCAGUCAGGGUAUCCAGGCCCAAACUGUCUCUAAUUUUCAUCUUGCAUUUGCCCAGGACCUGGCUCUCAUUCCUGUUGUCAACAAAAUUGACAUGCCCUCUGCCGACGUACCGAGAGUGCUCGAGCAAAUGCACACGUCUUUUGAGCUGGAGCCUCCCACGGCUGUUCUUGUAUCAGCUAAGACUGGGAAGAACGUGGCCAACAUCCUCCCCGCUGUUGUUGAGAAGAUCCCGCAUCCUGUCGGCGAUGUUUCCAAACCCUUGCGCAUCCUGUUGGUAGAUUCGUGGUACGACAAUUUCAGGGGCGUGAUCCUGCUUGUACGCGUCUUUGAUGGCCAGGUCAAGGCUGGAGAUAAUCUCGUCUCAUUCGCCACUGGCCACAAAUACACCGUCGGCGAGGUCGGCAUACAGUACCCCAAUGCCGUCCCACAGAGUGUCCUUCGUGCUGGGCAGGUAGGCUACAUCUACUUCAAUCCCGGUAUGAAACGCAUCCAGGACGCCAAACUCGGCGACACCUUCACCACCGUCGGAUCGGAGGACAUUGUCCAGGCGUACCCGGGCUUCGAGGAACCAAAACCCAUGGUCUUUGUCGCGGCCUUUCCCACCGAUCAGGGCGACUAUACGCGUCUCGCAGACAGCAUCAGCCAGCUUGUUCUAAAUGACAGGAGCGUGACCCUGCAGAAGGACUAUUCCGAGGCAUUAGGGGCAGGCUGGCGACUAGGUUUUCUAGGCAGCUUACACUGCUCUGUAUUCCAGGAUCGGUUAAAACAGGAACACGGCGCCAGCAUCAUCAUCACGGACCCGACCGUGCCGACUAAGGUCGAAUGGGCUGAUGGGACAGAGACGAUCUAUCAGAACCCAGCUGACUUCCCCAGUCAGGAGGAGCACCGGAUGCGUGGUGCAACUGUCUUGGAACCUUUCGUUACUGCUACUAUGACUCUUCCAGAGGAGUACCUCGGCCGUGUUAUUGAGCUCUGCGAGAGCGUGCGUGGUGAGCAAAAGAGUUUUGAAUUCUUUCAUGCAACACAAGUUAUUCUCAAAUACGACAUCCCCGCAGCUCAACUCGUCGACGACCUGUUUGGUAAACUCAAAGGAGCAACAAAGGGAUACGCGACACUAGAUUAUGAAGACUCUGGCUGGCGAGCUAGCCAGCUCACGAAGCUGCAGCUUCUUGUCAAUAAACAGCCCGUGGAUGCCAUUUGUCGUGUCAUUCAUACCUCACAGGCAGAGCGCCUCGGCAGGCAGUGGGUAACUAAAUUCAAGAACCACGUCGAUCGGCAGAUGUUUGAGGUCGUCAUUCAAGCGGUGGCGGGCAGGAAGAUUGUUGCACGCGAGACUAUCAAGCCGUUCCGGAAAGAUGUGCUUGCAAAGCUACAUGCUUCCGACAUUACGCGCCGGAAGAAAUUGUUGGAGAAGCAGAAGGCCGGGCGCAAGCGACUUCGCGCCGUAGGCAACGUUGUCAUUGACCAGUCUGCUUUCCAAAGCUUCCUCUCCAGAUGA